GCGCCAAAAACUCAAAACAAAAAAUGUCACUUUGUGCAAGUGCAUUUUAUUUUUAGAUUUUUAUUGUUUUAGUAUUGUGUAAGCUAUAAGUUUUUGAGUUUUUAUGUGCGUAAUAAAGUGAAACGAUGUUGGUAAGGCGUCUCCGUGGUGGUUCUCGGGUGUUAAAAGUACAAAAUGGCAUCUGCGUAGCUGCGCGAAAUUAUUCAAAUCGUCUCGAUUCCUUGGACAACGAAGAAAGAUUGGAAGGAUGUCUCUCUGCUUUGCCAUCGAAGGCGAAGGUGGUGAUAUGCGGCGGAGGAGUCAUGGGAGCUGCAGUGGCGUAUCAUUUAGCGAAACGAGGGUGGGGUGACCAGACUCUUCUGAUAGAAAAAGAGCUCGCAGGAGGUGGCAGCCGAUGGCACUCUUCGGGUCUGGUGGGCAUGUUCAAGCCGUCACUCGCUCAAGUUCGUCUUGCCCAAUCUUCUAUACGGCUUCUCCAAGAACUGGAAUCACGUGGGCGGUCUACUGGCUGGAAACAGUGCGGGUCGCUGCUGCUUGCUAGAACAAGAGAUCGGAUGACCGUGUAUAGACGAAUGAAGAGCCAGUCUGUCUCAUGGGGCAUUCCAUGUGAGUUGGUCACGCCGAAACGCUGCCAGGAGAUAUGGCCCAUGCUGAACGUAGACGACAUCUUAGGCGGCCUAUGGAUACCAAACGAUGGGGUGGGAGAUCCUCACCUCUUCUGCAUGUCUCUGCUGAAAGAAGCGGUGGAAAAUGGAGUGGGAGUGAUGGAAAACUGCUCAAUCACCAAAGUAUUGUCAAAAGACGAUCGCGUUUGCGGCGUGGAGACGACGGCAGGGGCCAUCGAGUGCGAAUACUUCGUUAACUGCGCAGGCUUUUGGGCCAGACAGGUGGGUCAACUCAGCAAUCCACAAGUAAAAGUACCACUCUUGCCAUGUGAACAUUAUUACCUGCACACAAAGCCGAUAGAGAACUUAGAUCCUAUGACACCAGUGGUCCGCGAUCCAGACGGAUACAUUUACCUGCGGGAAAGAGAUGGCUGUAUAUUGGCUGGAGGUUUCGAGCCGGUGGCCAAGCCGGUGUACGAAGAAGAAAUAACAUCUGCGUCUCAGCGCUGCGUGCCGGAAGACUGGGAUCACUUCCACGUGUUACUGCAGCAGCUGUUGAAGCGAGUGCCGGGGAUGAGUCAGGCCGUGCUGCACCGCCUUUGCAACGGACUCGAGGCAUUCUCUCCAGACUGCAAGUGGAUCGUCGGGGAAGCGCCAGAGAUGUUCAACUACCACAUCGCCGCCGGAAUGAAGACGGUCGGCAUUUCAGCCGCCGGCGGCGUGGCGGAAGCGACCGUGGACGAGAUAGUCGACGGCUACACGAAGUACGACAUGUACGAGUUAGACAUCAACCGGUUCCUGGGUCUCCACAACAACAAGCGAUUCCUCAGAGACCGGGUUAAGGAGGUGCCAGGUGUCCACUAUGGCCUGCCGUACCCUUUCCCCGAGUUCGAGACCGGUCGCAACCUACGUUUGUCCCCGAUCUACCCGACGCUCAGGGACAAUGGCGCUGUCUUCGGCCAAGUGAUGGGGUAUGAAAGACCCACUUGGUUCGAAACUGUAGACACGACGAGCGAGCCCCAAUCCCCGCGCCCGUUCAAGAUAGCGUACACCAAGACGUUCGGCAAGCCGCACUGGUUCGACACUGUUCAGAGGGAGUACUGGGCGUGUAGGGAGGCUGUGGGACUGGCGGACUACUCGUCCUUCACCAAGAUCGACUUACAGUCCAAAGGGCGCGAAGUGGUGGACCUUCUCCAAUACCUGUGCUCCAACGACGUGGAUGUAGCUCCAGGCAGCAUCAUCCACACCGGGAUGCAGAACGAACGCGGCGGGUACGAGAACGACUGCAGUCUGGCCAGGAUAUCGGAGAACCACUACAUGAUGAUCGCGCCGACCAUCCAGCAGACACGCUGCAAAGUGUGGCUGAAACGUCACCUGCCACGCGACGGCUCGGUGACGCUCUCUGACGUCACAUCCAUGUACACAGCCAUCUGCGUCAUGGGUCCGUUCACCAGGACACUGCUCUCGGAGUUGACUGACGUUGACUUGUCCCCGUCGAACUUCCCAUUCUUCACGUUCAAGGAACUAGACGUCGGGCUCGCUAACGGAAUACGUGCGAUGAAUCUGACGCACACUGGCGAACUUGGAUACGUGCUGUAUAUUCCAAAUGAGUUCGCCCUUCACGUAUACAACCGCCUGAUGACGGUAGGCGAGAAAUACGGCAUCAGUCACGUGGGAUACUAUGCGUCGCGCGCGCUGCGGGUGGAGAAGUUCUUCGCGUUCUGGGGCCAGGACCUGGACACCAUGACCACACCGCUGGAGUGCGGGCGCACCUGGCGCGUCAAGUUCAACAAAGACAUCCCGUUCAUCGGGCGAGAGGCCCUGCUGAAGCAGCGUUCGGAAGGCGUCCGCCGGCAGUACGUCCAGCUGUUGCUGACCGACCACGACCACGAGCUGGACCUGUGGUCCUGGGGCGGCGAGCCCAUCUACCGCGACGGGAACUACUGCGGACAAACCACCACCACCAGCUACGGAUUCACGUUCAAAAAACAGGUUUGCCUCGGGUUCGUUCAAAACAUCGACAAAGACGGCGUCGCUCAGAAGGUGACGAAUGACUACGUGCUUGGUGGACAUUACGAGAUCGAUAUAGCUGGUAUAAGAUACGCCGCCAAGGUGAACCUGCACUCGCCGAACUUGCCGACAAAGUACCCCGAUAAGGAGCGCGACGUGUACCAAGCCACGAGGAAGCUUCACGAGCCGCACCAGUUUCUCGGCCGCCAUUACCAGCCCUAGAACUACGAUACGAAAAUACGCUCGAUUUCUUGGAUUAACUCAGCUUCAGCAAGACAGCUUAUAUUCACUUCAAAACUUCAAUAUUGCAUCAGUUUCCAAAUGAAUCGCCACCACGACCCGGCCGUAGCAUCGCUUCGAAGCAGCAGAAGAUUCUUGAACGCUGUUUUCGUAUUUUCAAUUCUGUCUGUCCUCGCUCAUGCGAAUUGUUCGUUAUGAACGUGAGUGAGAUUGAAAAUACUGAAACUACGUUAACUAAACUAUUGUUAAAUCUUUUUAAUAAGUCAAUUAGAAAAAUAUCGGUAACAAACUUGA